AUGGUCUCCCAAACAUCAUCAGGAAAAGGAAAAGUAAACACUCGGCUUGGCCCCUAUUUAUAUCGAGCUGCCCUGAGAGGUGAUUGGAAGGCUGCUAAAACUGCUCUGAGUCAGGACAAAAAUAUAGCUUGUAUUGAGAUAACAGAAAGAGGAGAUAGGGCUCUUCACAUAGCUGCCGCCGCCAAGCAAACUUCUUUUGUCCACAAUCUAGUCGAACACUUGAAUACAAGUGAUCUGGAAUUGCAGAAUACACACGGAAAUACAGCUUUCUGUUUUGCAGCUGAGAGUUUUAUGGGUAAUCCUAAAGAUGAAGAUCCCUUUGCGGGGUUGGUAAAUGUAGGACCCAGUUCUGAAUAUUGGCAGCCGAAAAUUCAUAAUGUAACCAAUAGCAGUCCAAUAUUAGACGUCAAAUCAGUAACAUUGGCAGUAACGUGUCCAAGUUGCGAAGAACAUUUUAAUGUGCGUGCAAACUUGACAGCCGUUACAGAAACUGCUGCUGCUGCUACUGCUGAAAUGGGAUUUAACGCUACAGGUGCAAGUUUCCCAGUACAUGAAAAUAGAAAACUGAAAUCCGACAAUAAGACCCGCAAUAAAGGACGACUAAAAGUUGUUGCUGCUGCUGCUGCUGAUAGGAACUACACACCGCCUAAAAGUGCAGGAAAACGUGGUCACGCAUAUGACUCUGACUCUGAUUCUAUGGAUGAUCCCCCUAGUUCAAAGAAAUCCAAGGUUGUCAAUCGCCAUUUGAAAUUCAAUAACUAG